ACGUCUUCGAGCCACACAGCGCUGCCUCCCAUACCAGCGAAGCAUUCAUCUCGGGUCUUAACUGGGUAAGCCCAUCGACUGGGCAUGGCCUUCCUGGGCAACAGAUGGUUGUUGCGGUCGGCAUGUUCUCCUCCGUUCGCGAUGUCAAGGAGGAGGAUGUCGGCCGCAUCGAACAAGAUGUUCUCCAAGAUACUGAUCGCUAAUCGGGGAGAGAUUGCCUGCCGCAUCAUCAAGACGGCCAAGCGGAUGGGGGUGGCCACGGUCGCCGUGUACAGUGAUGCUGACGCCAAUUCUCUUCAUGUGGCUCUCGCCGAUGAAGCUAUCCGAAUCGGUCCGCCGCCGGCGCUGGAGAGCUAUCUCAGAGGAGACAACAUCCUGGAGGCGGCUACACGGAGUGGAGCACAGGCGGUACACCCGGGGUAUGGCUUCCUCUCCGAGAACGCCACCUUUGCCAAGCAGUGCGCCUCCGCGGGGGUCACGUUCAUCGGCCCCCCUGAAAAGGCCAUCGAUCAGAUGGGCUCGAAAAGCGUGGCCAAGGCCAUCAUGUCAGACGCUGGAGUUCCCGUAUGCCCGGGAUACCACGGGGAGGACCAGAGCGACGCUUUUCUGGAGGAAGAAGCAAAGAGGGUGGGGUUUCCGGUGAUGAUAAAGGCGGUGAUGGGCGGCGGGGGCAAGGGUAUGAGAUUGGUUCAGACGCCAGAGGGUUUCCAGUCGGCUCUGGAGGCGUGCCGGCGGGAGGCGGCAGCGGGAUUUGCGGAUGACCGCAUGCUGCUUGAGAGAUAUGUAAACGAGCCGCGACACGUGGAGGUACAGGUUUUCGCGGAUACCCUUGGUAACGCGGUUCACCUGUUCGAGAGAGAUUGCUCGGUGCAGAGAAGGCACCAGAAGGUUCUCGAAGAGGCUCCGGCCCCGGGUAUUAGUGAUGCUACGAGGGCUGAGCUGGGGGAGGCCGCGGUGCGCGCUGCUAAGGCGGUGGGCUAUGUCGGGGCCGGGACGGUGGAGUUUCUGAUGGACACGAGAACGCAAGAGUUCUUCUUCUGCGAGAUGAACACGCGCCUGCAGGUGGAGCAUCCAGUCACGGAGAUGGUCACGGGUCUGGACCUGGUGGAGUGGCAGCUUCGUGUCGCCGCUGGCCAGGAACUCCCCUUGAAGAACCAGGCAGACAUCCCGCUGGUCGGGCACGCUAUCGAGGCGCGAAUCUGCGCGGAGAACGUCGCCCGAGGAUUCCUGCCCGUCGCGGGAACGCUGCGACGCAUGCGCCUACCCUCGGGAGCCGGAAGCGGCGCCGGCGGCGGCGACGGCGACGGCGGAGAGGUGAAGAUAAGAGUGGACACCGGGGUGCAGGAGGGGGACGCCGUGAGCGUGCACUACGAUCCCAUGGUGGCCAAGCUCAUCGUGCACGCCCCGACAAGGUCGGCGGGGCUGCAUGGCCUGCGGAAGGCCCUCAGGGACUUCCAGGUGGUAGGGCUACCGACAAACAUAGAUUUCUGCGAGCGCGUGGCGGGGCACCGGGGUUUCGAGGAGGGAGGCGUCACGACGGCGUUCUUGGAGGAGCACGGGGACGAGGUAGUCCCGUCCCCGGAAACGAUGCCUCCUCCGCCGCACGCGGUGGUGCUGGCAUCGGUGGCGGUCCUACUGGAAGAGCAAACAGCCGUUACGUUUCCCAACGACACCAGCCCAUGGUCUGCACGCAGCGGGCCGUGGCGAGCCGUAGGCGUCCGCAAGCAGAAGCUAGCCUUGGCUUCCCGUGACACAGCGGCGGGUGCCGACGGGGCCGACGAGGCUGGUUCAGAGGUCACCGUCGAGUGCCUCGCUGACGGUGGUUAUGUGGUGGAAAUGCAGGGCGCGAGGUUUGCCGUGAGUGGGGCACAGCUGGAUGCAGGGGGCGCGAUGACCGCCAUCGUUGACGGCAGGCGGUAUUCGUUGGAUGCGACCGUGGAAGGGUGGGGCGCUGUCGGCGCCGAGGGGGAAGUUACGCUCUGGUGCAACCACGGGCCGCUGGAAGGCGACGGUUACGAUCGAAACAGGUACGAGCUGGUCGUGACGAGACCGAGAGGUCGAGGGGCCAGGGGCUCUUCGAAGUCGACCGCCGAGUCGACUGGACGGGUGACCUCGCCGAUGCCGGGCCGAGUUGUGCGAGUUUUGGCGGAGUCGGGACAGGAUGUCGAGAAGGGACAAGAGCUGAUGAUCCUCGAGGCGAUGAAGAUGGAGCACACGGUGCCAGCACCCUUUGCGGGCAAGGUGGACUUGGUUUCGUACGUGGCGGGCGACCUAGUCGACGAAGGCUCGGUACUCAUCACCCUUAAACCCCUAACGAAGUAG